UCGAGGAGGUUGAGCAAUUGAGUUUGCAAUUUGUAUGUAUAUAUAACAAAUUCUCUAAUCGCUAUUGGAAAGUCGGCAACAAUUCUCCUCAGUUUUUCCGAUCCUCAAUCUCUGUUUUCAAAUUCCAACAGGAUAUUUAGCCUUUGUUUCAGUCUCGAUCCAGAUUCCGAGCUAUCCCUUUUUCCGGCGAAUUUCGAUUUGAAAUUGCGCGAGAGGUUUGUUGAUUUUUUUUUUUACCCCCGAUCUGAUCGCAGAGAACCGCAUCGAAGCUUACGAUGUUUAACGGGAUGAUGGAUCCUGAGAUGAUUCGUCUCGCUCAGGAUCAGAUGAGCCGUAUGACGCCUGCUGAUUUCGCUAGGAUCCAACAGCAGAUGAUGUCAAAUCCAGAUUUGAUGAAAAUGGCAACUGAGAGUAUGAAGAACAUGAAACCCGAAGACUUGAAACAAGCUGCUGAACAGCUCAAGCAUACUCGGCCAGAGGAUAUGGCUGAGAUCGGCGAGAAGAUGGCAAAAGCUUCUCCUGAAGAGAUAGCAGCUAUGCGUGCCCAAGCCGAUGCUCAGUUUACUUAUCAAAUUAACGCAGCUCAGAUGCUCAAAAAACAGGGAAACGAGCUUCAUAGCCGAGGAAAUUUUAGCGAUGCUGCAGAAAAAUAUUUGCGUGCGAAGAACAAUCUGAAGGACAUUCCAUCUUCGAAAGGUGGAGCACUUUUGUUGGCUUGUUCUCUCAAUCUAAUGUCAUGUUAUUUGAAGACGAAUCAGCAUGACGAAUGCAUAAAGGAAGGCUCUGAGGUUUUGGCAUAUGAUGCAAGGAAUGUCAAAGCCCUUUACAGAAGGGGUCAAGCUUACAGAGAUCUAGGGCUGUUUGAAGAUGCUGUCUCCGAUCUAAGCAAGGCCCUUGAAGUUUCCCCUGAAGAUGAGACAAUUGCCGAUGUGCUAAGAGAUGCUAAAGAAAGAUUGGCUGUUGAAGGCCCUGGCAAGGCAUCAAAAGGUGUGGUGAUUGAAGAUAUUACUGAAGAAAGCACUGUUACUUCUGGAGAAAGUAAAAAACCGUCUAAAGAGGUUACUGGGUCCCAGCGAGAAAGCAAUGGUGGUGGUCAUGCUCAGGGCGUAAAAACUGAUGUUGAUGGAUUGCAGGCACUCAGAGAUGACCCUGAAGCAAUCAGAACGUUUCAGAACUUCAUUUCAAAAAAUGAUCCGGAUACACUUGCUGCUUUGAGUGGAGGCAAAGCUGGAGAUAUGUCACCAGACAUGUUUAAAACUGCCUCAAGCAUGAUAGGAAAAAUGUCUCCUGAAGAAAUUCAAAAAAUGGUCCAAACAGCGUCUUCGUUUAAAGGAGACAACCCUUUCGCUCCAACUGCAACAUCUGCCGAAAACGGGUUUGCACCCACCCCUGACAUGCUCAAACUCGCAUCUGAUAUGAUGAGUAAGAUGUCACCAGAAGAGCGUGAGAGGAUGUUUAACAUGGCAUCGUCUUUGAAAGCGAACGCCCCAGUUUCAACAUCGCACAGCGAUGCAGAAGCAUCUGCGCCACGAGAAAGUUUAGGAGCGAGUGGGCUUAAUAGUUUUGUAGGUGAAGCUAGUUCUUCGGGUAAUUCCUUCAUGGCUCCAAGAAGUGGUUUAGAACCAAGCAUCCCUUCCGCUGCGCCUGCUGACUUGCAGGAACAGAUGAGAAACCAGAUGAAAGAUCCAGCAAUGCGACAGAUGUUCACGUCUAUGAUUAAGAACAUGAAUCCGGAGAUGAUGGCUAGCAUGAGCGAACAAUUCGGAAUGAAGCUUUCUCAAGAAGAUGCUGCAAAAGCUCAACAAGCCAUGGCUUCUCUUUCUCCUGAAGACUUGGAGAAAAUGAUGCGAUGGGCGGAUCGGGCACAAACCGGGAUAGAGAAAGCGAAGAAAGCAAAGAAGUGGCUGCUCGGUAAAGGCGGGUUAAUCUUUGCGAUAUGCAUGCUCAUUUUAGCAAUUAUCCUUCACCGUCUCGGCUAUAUUGGAAGCUAAAAGGAAACACAACGGUCUCUUAAAAGACUCAAAUCUUUUGUCAAGAGAUCAUUCUUAGUUGGGUUCGUAGUUUGUAAAACUGUAACAUCGACUCACUCGUUUUAUCUUUUUCUUUUCUCUCGGCUUUUUGUUUGGUGGUUUCCCUUUUCUUUAACCCACUUUUGUCUAAAUUUCUUUCCACC